UCUCACGGCUCCUCCUCUUCCUCCCCCCGCCGCGCCCUCUCCCACCCACUCGGCCUCGGCGGCGAUGGAGGCGGCGGGCGGCCGCGGCCUGGGCAGCGGCGGCGGGCGGGAGAUGCCGGCCGCCUGAUGAGGAGACAAAAUAGCAAGAAUCUGGACCAGAAAAAAAAUCCCACCAUGCAACAAAAUUGCAGUCAUCUCCACAACAUCCAAGGGAGUGGUGAUGACUCUUCAUCUUCUCAGAGCGCCCACGCAGCGAGGUUGUCAGGAGAGAGCUCGUGCCAUCACGGCGGCGAUGUUCGUAUACAGCUAAACUCUGCUGUGGGAGAAGCCAGAGAAAACGCAAGUUCCCGGCAUUCCAGGCCAGGUUCCCAAAGUCGCUCACACGGACAUGCCCACAGCGAAGCAGUGGGGCUCGAUGAUUCCACCCCAGACUCGGAGGAACACGGUGGCAGCUCCCUCUCAGAGCUCAGAUACCUCCUCCAGUGGCUGCACAAAAGUCUGCCGUAUAUCUUGAUUCUGUGUGUCAAACUGAUCAUGCAGCAUAUAAUUGGCAUUUCUCUUGGAAUUGGGCUGCUAACAACUUACAUGUAUGCAAACAAAAGCAUAGUAAAUCAGGUUUUUCUAAGAGAACGGUGCUCCAAGUUGCAAUGUGCUUGGCUACUAGUGUACCUAAAUGGAUCAUCUCUCCUCUUGUAUUACACCUUUCAUUCUCAGUCACUGUAUUACAGCUUAAUCUUCUUAAACCCUACUGUGGAUUUUAUGAACUUCUGGGAGGUACUCUGGAUUGUGGGAGUCUCAGACUUUAUUUUGAAAUUCCUCUUCAUGGGCUUCAAGUGCUUUAUUCUCUUGGUGCCUUCUUUUAUGAUGUCCUUUAAGUCCAAGGGCUACUGGUACAUGCUGUUAGAAGAACUCUGCCAGUAUUACCGUAUGUUUGUCCCCAUACCAGUUUGGUUCCGUUAUCUUAUUGGCUAUGGGGAGCUGGACAGUGUACUAGGAUUGACCCUUGGGAUAUUGUUGGGCCUUCUCUACCUCAUCCUAAAACUUUUGAGCUUUUUUGGACAAUUGAGAAACUUCAGACAGGUCCUACGGAUAUUCUGUACACGACCACACUAUGGGGUGCCAGCUAGCAAGAGACAGUGUUCUGAAUCGGAUGAUAUUUGUUCCAUCUGCCAAGCUGAAUUUCAGAAGCCUAUUCUGCUUAUCUGCCAGCACACAUUUUGUGAAGAAUGCAUCUCUUUAUGGUUUAAUAGAGAAAAAACGUGUCCACUCUGCAGAACUGUUAUUUCAGACCAUGUUAACAAGUGGAAGGAUGGAGCCACAUCUAUGCAUCUACAGAUUUUCUAAAGCAUGUCAAACAACUUGUUUUACAGUUUGUUUGUUCAAGCUAAGGUUUUUCAGUUUACUGCAGGUUAAAUUGUAGGUGGCACAAGGAACGAGUUUCCAAAUUCUAGAUAUCAUGCUUCUAUGAAAUGUUCUAGUAUUUAAAACAGUGCAGAAAAUGUUAACUUGACCUUCUUAAGUAUAGAAAAGUAAGUUUUCAGAAUGAACGCAGAAAAGCCAGCAUUGCUUCUCUUGUGGUUCUUGUAGGAAACAAUCAAGUCCUUGACAAAUGCUGCAUUGCUUCUUGCAGUAACUUCUUAAUUCAGCAUUUUAUUUAAAACUUGAAGUAGAGUUCCAGACUGUACUAAAUUGUAUUUAUCCUUCUAACAUGACUCAACCCAAAAGGUCGACCUACCAAUUUUAUUAAGAUUUUAAGCAAAUUUUAUACUCUGGAUGUCAUGGUUUUGGCCGGAUUGGCCAAUCAGAGCCUCAAACCAGGACACCUGACUACAGUGAGAAUUAGAGCGACUUGUCACACUUGGCAUGAAAGGUCCUCUAAUGCUUGCCCAAUAGAUGACAGAAAUUAGCUUCUUAUUCGUGCACCUAUAACAGCAACUAUUUCUCACUGUACCUGGAGAUCAGUCACAUGAAUAAGAAGUUUCCCCUUUAGGUUCUUGUAGAUUUCUAACGGAUCUUUGGCUUAAUACAUAAACCAACCACUUAGUUUUUUACUCAGCAUUUUAUAAAGUUGGUAUUUUUAAAACAAAUCUUUAAUACUAUAUUUUUGUCAUAACAGGAACCAGAAUUUCUUACAGGGGAGAACCUAUUUUAUACUAUAUUUGCAAUUUGUAGUAUGCAUAAAAAUCAGAGAGAAUAAAUGCAUUUAAAUCUAUUUGUUUGGUGCAUGUUGAAUAAAGAAACAAGAUUCAUUACUGUUUCAGUAUUAACUUAACGCGUAAGCACGUAACAACAGCUCACUGCUAGGUAUACUUUUCCUGUUAAACUAAUGUCUCUGAAAACCAAAAAGCCUCCAAAUGCUACAACUUAUUCAUGACUAGUCUUUAUGCUAAUUAUAGAGCUAACUUAUUGCAAUCUUACUUUUUUUUCCUGCUUGUCUUUUUUCACCUUGCUAUUCAGAUAAGACUAAAAAAAAAAAAAACACUCAAAUUAUUCUGUUACAGCAAAGUUAAACUGAGUUGCCAUUAACUUGAGCUUGUCUUAACUGAAUACCUUUAGGAAACUUCUAAAUUAGGGAAAAACCAGAAUGAAAAACUUAAACACUUACUCGAUGAAUGAUGUAGCAAGUCAAAUGGCCAGGCAGAGCGAGGACUGUAAAGUUGCAGCUGACACAGCCAGAUUUAUAGGGCUGACAGGGCAUGAUGGGAGAGCACCCUUAAAGGUACAGCUAAAAGUGUAACACCAGUAGAAUUUCGUGUUCAGAAUAAAAAUCUAAUGAGAUGGAAGAUUCAAGCUAAGAGGUAUCAUUUUAUGUUCAACCUGGGUUUUGCUAUAGCAUGUUGUGUAUUUGCUAAUUGUAUUUUUGUUUGAAGUUCACUGCAGUUCAGAGUAAACGUGCCCUAUGAUUGUUCCACUAUGGUAUCUGAGUGACUGGAGGGAAAAGACUCCAGCUUAAAGCAAACAGGCAAAAGCGUCUAAAUCUGUAAUUGGAAACUCAUGGGACUAGAAGAGACUGGUUCUCACGGAAGCCUUUCCCAGCAGGUGAGGUACUUAGUUUGGAGACUGUGCAGCUGAGUGGUGUUAGAGCAGUCCUGAGGGUGGCAAGGAAGAAUCAGAGCUUGGCCACAGCCAGCGCUGGGCUGUAAUGGGCUUGUGCCUGUGCCUCCACUGUGGUCAGAACAAGCUGCUCUUUGUUUCCUCAGAGAUCUAGCUAUGCCUUAGCUUGCAUUUGAAGUUCAUACAAGAUCAGAACUGUUUGUUAUUUACUUUUCAUCAGUGCUGAUAUUCAGACUGCUGCUGCAGCAGAACCCUUGAGCGAUGGACAGGAACUGAAUCAGGCAAGGAACAAAAAAGAGUAGGGGGAGCUUAAGGUUGGAUUCUACAUCUCUGAUGGGCCCAUGGAGACUUUGGCAGCUCACUUAGUUACACAAUCAUAUUUAGACUGUCCCAAAAUUAAUCAUGAACAUACAGUUUACCUAAAAAGUAUUUUAAGGUUUUUUUCUUCAUACGGGUGGUGUGCGAGUACUGUGUAAAGAAUGUGAGCGCUUUAUUUAAUUUAGGCAACAAAUCACACCUAUAAGAAAAGCUUUGCUUAUGUGAGUAAAAUGCAUGACUAAGACAAAUACACAGUUUAUAAGGGCAGAUGUAAUAACCAACCCUUUCUAAAAUACUGUCCAAAACAAAAACUGUAACUUAUCCCGAAUUAGCCUUUCCUGAAAUGCUAAUACCAACAGCUUAAUCACUUUUUAAUUCAAAAAUCCUCUGAGAGAAAAUAUAAACUAAAAUUCAUUAGACUUGGACAUGACGUUAGAGCAAGGAAAUGCACUUCCUAAAACUUGAAUAUUCAUUAAAUUCAUUGCCUACCAGUAACGGGUAGCCAUUCAUCAGAAUUCCACUACUCCGUGAUAAGACUUUCAAAAAUCUUUUAGAACAAUAGGUCUAAAUCACCGAGUGCAUUCCUGGAAUAUUAACUGGGAAGGUACAGAUUCCGAGGUGCACCAGCUGCUUAAUACAAAUGCUUGUCCUGAAAGCAGAGCCACUACCCUGCUGACUAAGGGAAAAGAUCUGAGAAAUAAGUGUAACAAGGACACUUUCUUACUGCCUUAUCCCCACGAGGAGUAAAUAACAGCCCCGUUGCUCACGCAGCAGGAAAUAGCGAGAAGGACGUCUGCCGUUCUCUCAGAGAAUCACAGAACAGAAUCAUGGAUCUAUGACAGCACAAAGGGAAAGUGGUCCGUCAAGACCAAGAGCUUGGACCGAGGGAUCUAAGAUGAUCUAGGAAGGUAGUUACAGAUCAAGAAACGUGCCACUUUACACAUAGAUAUUCAAAGCACACAGGGAAAUUUGAAAGAAAUUAACCUGAACUAAAUAUUCGUUUGCUGUAGAACAAAAGUAUUUAUAAACUACUUAUCUCCACAUGUAGUUUGAUACAGAUACUGUACAUGGAGGAAUUAAGGCACCAAGGCUGGUAUUAUUAGUAAAAAAUAUGAAACUAAUUUAGAAGUAUUACACAGUGUCACCUGACCUGUAAAGCUCACCAAGAGUAUUUUAUGGAGCACACCAGAACAUGGCGUCAGUGCUUUAAGUCAACCCUGGAUUGUUGCUGAUCCUUUGGCCUUUGUCUACCACAUAGUAGUAACAACACCUUACUAGAAUAAGGGUAAAUAUUAGUAGAGAUAGACCAGGGAACAAUUUCUCUUUUAUUCUCUCUCCCUGUUAAUGAUUUUUUUUUUCCUUUAAGAUCCAGUGAAAAUUAUCCAAACCAGUAAUAUUAUCAAACAGUUUAUUAAAAAACAAAGCACUAAAAAGAGAUUUUGAUCAACCAGUUUAGAUUUACACUUCAUAAAUGAAACAAAUCAUUCUUAUCUUGGUUACAGAGAGGGGAAAAAAAAGUGAGUAACUUACAUCCAUGAAUGACAUCCCCUCUGAUCCGCUUGUCAGCAUCAUGCUAGUAAGAUGCGACUCUUCCUUAUCAAGCCCACUCAGGCCAGG